UACACGGCGCGCAUCGACCGCGCAUGGCUUUGUUUCCGUGACGUCACGCGGACAUCAGCUGUGUGAGCGCGAGGUCUCGCGAGCUGUCAGUUUUCUCCUGCCAGAGUGCGCGCGGCGCUCUGGCGCUUUUUCGAGCAGCUGGUGCCAUCUGAGAAUGCGACUGAUUUGCCGACUGAUGAUGCGGCUGGACGUUGAUGGAAAGUGCGUUUAGGAAACAGGGAUAGUUAAGCGAGGAAUGAUCGAGGCGGUGUUCUGUUUUAUCUUGCGUCGUUGUUGCUUUAUUGCCCGAUGAUGAUUUAUCAUAAAUUUAAUUGGCCUUACAAAUGAAAGGUUAAUAACGUACUAUAUAAAAAGGCACGAAUGUCGUGUAGUGCGCGUACAACUUCAGACAGGUUUUGACAAAAACAAUGUCCUUGCAGGAGUUUUUAAUCAGUAAACAUGAUAUAAAAUUAAGCCUUAAAAUUGAUAAAUAUCCGUACGGAGCAUGGGCCUAUGGCCCGUGUGCUUUUUAAUAGUGCUUACUUUAUCUUUUGGACUUGAAAAGGGCAGUGUGUGCGCUGUAAAUAUAUUGGGAGAUGAAAGAAACGUUGGAACUGUACUUUUCGACAGAAGCUCUGUAAGCAAUCAUUGCUGGACUAAUGAAGAGUUCGUCAUGCUCAGCAGUCGUAAAAUGUUUCAAGAUCUUCUUCCAAAGAACGAACUUUUGUCUGCAGGUCGAAACUUUGAAUAUUCAAACCGAUCAGUACAUAGCCGAUCUAUUAAAUUACUUUCAAAUUUGCCUCGAGUAUGUUCGUGAAAAGUCGGUGGGGAAGACAAAACACCUAAUGCUGAACUCCCUCGCGGACACUAUGGGUGGUUAUUUGCAUUCGUACGUCUUGCCGAUCACGAAAGUGUCGUUUUACGCGGGAACUGUCAAGUACUGCAACAUCGAAAAGACUUUUAAACUUUUCGCCGAAUUGAAAGAUUUCUUGCACACAAACGGCGCGGGUUGGCGAGAUCCCAUAGACAUAGAAAUGUUUAUCAACGUAACUCCUAUCGCUGUGUCUAUUGGAGAUACUUCUACUGCCUGUAGUAGGCUGAUCGUCGAUCCCACAAUUUCGCAGGAAAGGAGUGCCCUACGAAAACGACGCCUUGCUCGUUUAAAAUAUAAAAGAUUUGCCGCUCGUGGUCAUAAUAAUAACGACAGCAAAGGUGAAAGCAAUAGCAAUUAUAGUCAGAAAUCCUUUGGUAUAUUUUUACCUUUUCUGGAUGAUGAAAUAAAACCCAAUAGCAUAGCUUUACCAUUUAAAGAUCAUAAUCUGUGGUCAUUAUACGAAGAAGAAUCAGUUGCCAUACUGUCUACGUACUACAAGACUUGCGUAAACUGUUUAUCUUCCAAAGAGAAUCAUCAAAAGAUUCUCGAGGAUUUUAACAGAGACUUUUAUAAAUGGUUACUCCAAUCCGUAUAUCCCCGCUUAAACGAUGAUAAAUGGUACCCGGCUUUCGGUGGAGUAUUGAAAAUCAUAGCGUUUCUGAAGAAUAGAGCGGAAAAUGAAGAGAUGAAUAGCAUUUCGACAUCCACAUCGACAACUAACAAACCCAUUGAAGUAAUAACGACGACAACGAAAUCAAGCAAAGGCACGGAGGACAUGGAUAGUUCGAUUGGAAUGACAGAGAUAAUAGUUAUUGCAGUGUCGAGUGCAGCACUUUUAUCGUUACUUGUCGGAUUGAGCCUAGUCUGUUAUAGAUAUCUUCGAAAGCAUUCUGACGAGUGUUCACCGUGCGAAUCUCCCAGAUCAGACGUCGCAUUGCUGUAUCAAAACGAGGACUUUUGUGAUUUGGAUACGUGUCCAUCGAUGGCUUCACGAAAAAGCAUUGGUGAGAAAGUAAAGGUUUGGUGGAGGCAAAGAUUCAAAACUUGUCCUGGAGGAUGUGAUCGAACUCUAGAAACAGAACGUUAUUUAGCUGCAUUCGAGUACAAAAGUAAAGAUUCACUCGGUAGCAAUAGAAGUAGAAGAUCUUACAAAAGGCGAAAAAAGAAAGUAAAGUCAGUUUCCGUAUCGGUAUCUCCGAGUAGUUCUCCUUGUGGUCAUCAUGAAAGCAAAAAAUUCUUCUACAGUACGGUCAUAUCGAGUAGCGAAUCAGAUAGUUCAUACAGGUGACAAAACUGAAAGAAUAGACAAGUGCAUCUUUCGCAUAAGUGAGCGGAUAGUGUUUUAUGAAAUCAUUUUAUAAAUAACCAUUGUACAUAUUUGAUAGAGCUAUUUAUGUCUUAAGUAAAUUUGUAAUAAUAGGAGCUAUAUUUUUGGAAUAAAAAUGAAAAUCGUACGUCAUGUCGAUUACUUUA